AUGGUAGAUUUGUUCCAUUUAUUCUUCUGUUGUUUUGUCUUUUUUUGUAAUUUAAACACAAACACAUCAGCUGAAGAAUUGCGUACAAAAUCAUUCGAAGUAUCGUCUUCUAAAGAAAAUCCAAAAGAUUUGGUCGUCGUUAACACGGUGGAGGAUGUUACAGAGAUUCAAUGUUUACAUCGUUGCAACCUUCACGCAGAUUGUGAUUCUGUAGGAUUUGAGUUGUAUGAUCAAGAAAGAAUUGGGGAAUGCUUGCUAUUAAGCAAACAAGGCCAGGAAAAGUUGGGUCCAAAUUUUAUCUUUUCAGAGCAUGAAGUUAAUGACUUGAAACUUAUACACCAGACGAACUAUAAAAAUUACAAUAGUUGCAAGGCAGCCUAUAUUAAUGGGGAAAGAAAAAGUCGUGUAUAUUAUCUUAAAGAUCUCGGAUGGCAUUUCUGUAAUAUGGAUGAUCUGAAGAAAUGUGGAUCCGGAGGAUGGACAUUAGCUCUCAAUGCGGAUGGUCAAAAGGCUACAUUUGAGUAUUAUUCAGACUACUGGACAAACUCGAAAACUUACAACGUCAACGAGGCAAUAAAUGAUCCGCUCCGCAAAGAAGCAAAGUACAAAGCAUUUCUGAAUCUUCCUUUCACCUAUAUCUGCUUGGGAAUGCGUAUCGGAUCUAAUACCAAGUACAUCAAACUUGAAAAACCGUACUCGUCAUUGUUUCAGCUAUUCGCUAAUAUCGGAAAAGACGAAAAAAGAACAAAUAUUGAAGAGAAAUAUUGGCGAGAACUCGUUCCAGAUGGUAGCCUCCAAAGUAAGUGUUUUGAGCAAGGUUUCAACAUUGAAGCUACAGCAGUGAGUCUUCGGCUUGGUGCGAUUGCAGGUAAAGAUGAUGGCGACUGCGCUAAUGAUGGUUGGACAGACUCAUGGGUAGGAAUAGGAGGAGAAGCAGGAUGGUGUACCGAUUUAUCAGCAUUCUCAGCAGGUAGCGGGUGUUGUAUGGAGACAUUAUGUAAAACAGGACCAAAUGCACACAUUGCAGGCAUUGCCUCUUUGUAUAUACAGUAAAGCAAAGAAAAAAAAUGAUUUUAUGAUACGAUGUUUAUGUAGAAAGCAAAGAACAAUAAAAUAGUAAUCAAAUCUUCUAAUAACAUUUCUCGAUAAAGUUCUGUAUUUACAAUUGUACAAAAACAAUUAGGAAAUAAGAAAUGACUUUUAAUACAAACACCGCCUAAAAGGUUAUACGUAUAGUUACAGACGAACCAUAUACGACCUCGUUGUUUGUGAAUUAACGACCUUAA